ACAGGUUCCUGUAUUCACCAAAAAGGAAGUUUAAAUGUGACAUAUAAUCAUAUAGUAUGUACUUGUAAAUAAAAAGGUGUAAUUACAAAUUGUUGAUUUUGUUUUCGAAAAAUCGUGAGCGUGUUAGGAUUGCGCAAUAUCGUUGAAAGUGUGUGAUUCAGUGAUCGUUAUCUCCAAUAUGGAGGUUGACAUUGUUGAGGGAAUUUUAGCAGAUUUUAAGGUUGAUGUGAUAGUGAACAGCACCAACCAGGCACUGCUGUUGGAUCUUGGAGGGCUGUCCAAGUCUAUAUCCAAGGCAGCUGGUCCUGCUUUACAGUCUGAGUGCUCUCAAUCGUAUCCCAACGGGAUAACAUUUGGUGAACUGGCGUCAACAGAUGGAUAUGGUCUGAAGUGUCAGAAAGUGUACCAUGUGUCCAUUUGUGCUUGGGAUUCAGAGGUCGCUGAUGCCAAAACGGUAUUGAAUCUAGUUGUGAGUGAAUGUUUGAAACGGGCGCAUGAAGACAGAGUAACGUCGAUCGCAUUUCCGACACUAGGUUGUGGAUUUCUGGGUCAUCCUCCCGAUAUUGUGGCACACACUAUGAAAGAAUGUGUAGAAAAUUUCGAAGACACAUUUAAAGACACAACAUUGAAACAAUUGUUUGUUGUUGUGUUCACCAAGGCCAGUGAUUGGAGACAUGUUAAACAGGCAUUUCAACAUGUAUUUGUUAACAACGAGCGACUGACGAAUGAAAGAAAAACGAAAACCGAAUGUAUGAUGGCUUACAAUAUUCCUGUGGCAGACUUCUCUCAGACGUGUAUCCGUGAAAGGAAAAAUAACUCAUGUCGGAAGGUCCAUGUUUGUGGUCAUCAGUGUGGUGGGUUCCUGGACGAGCCUGUGUGCCCACCAUGUAUGCAGACAGGCUGUGCGUCUAGAAUGGAGGGACAAGGCGGAAAUGAUGACUGCACCAUCUGUUAUACAGACCCGCUCUCGGCCGCACCAGUAAUUGAAUUAAAGUGUGGACACCUAUAUCAUCUACAUUGUGUCAAGAGAGUCCUUGAAAGCAAAUGGGUCGGACCGAGGAUAACUUUCAAUUUCAUACUGUGUCCACUGUGCAAGGAGCCUAUAAAUCACUCAAAGCUCAGCGAGCUCCUAGAUCCGGUACAAGAACUUUAUGAGGAUGUAAAACGUAAAGCCAUGACGAGACUUCAGUUUGAAGGUUUGGAUAAAUCUGACCAGGUUACAAACCGUUCCAGCACGUACUACAAUAACCCGGCAAAGUUUGCCAUGGAUAGAUACUGCUACUAUCCAUGCUUUAAAUGCAAGAAGGCAUAUUUUGGAGGAACAGUUCAAUGUGAGGGUGGAGCGGAUGACCGAGAUAUCAAACUUGAAGACAUGAUUUGUCCUGCCUGUAGUGGUCCACAGGGAGCACAGGUUUGCAGUACCCAUGGAACAGACUUUAUAGAAUAUAAAUGUCGAUACUGCUGUACUAUUGCCGUGUUUUUCUGCUUCGGAAACACUCAUUUUUGUAAUUCGUGCCAUAACGAUAACGUUAGAGUAAGCAGAAUGGGCGACAGACUGCCAAAAUGUCCGGCAGGUCCCUCCGGUCAGCAGCUUACAGGAGCUUGUCCACUUGGGAUACAGCAUCCGCCAAACGGAACGGAGUUUUGUAUAGGGUGUGGUCUAUGUGCCAACUUACACUCGUUCUGAAGUUUGUUAGCACUAAUCAAAGAAAGUUUGUGAACUCAUCAACAAUAUUCACCAAGAGAUGAACGAGGAAAGAAAUUUCAUUGAUUUCAUAUAAAAGGCAUUAAAUCACAGUUCAAUCCAUGGAAUAAUGUAUUUGUGUUAUCCGUAUGGAAAUUGCUGAUUUUGUUAUACAUUAAGUAAGAGUAUACGGUUUUAAAUCUAAUCAUUAAUACUUGUUUGUUUUGUCAAAUGUUGUUAAAUCGUUAUUUCAUCAGUAAAUGAAAAAAUAUG